AUGGCAAACGUCCGGGUUUGGUAUUCAGUGAACGUCCCAGCAGACUUCCCGACUUACGACUACAUUGUUAAUUUGUGCGCUAGAACUGGUUUUAACCGUAACGGCGUCUCCAUCCAGGUGGCAGGCAAGCCUCAAUUUUGGGUCAAAUACGGCAAGGGCUCCGUCAUCCGAGGUGAAGGCCGUACGCAGGCUUAUGUAGCAGGGAUCGUGAAUGACAACCCUGCGAGUGUUGUCCGCGUUCCGAAAGUUCACCUUGUCUUCUCGCGCGGGAAGCGUUCGUAUAUCGUCAUGGACUUCGUUCAAGGUACCACACUUGCCCAACGCAAGUUGUCUAAAGGAUAUUACGAUCACAACGACAUUGAAGCCGUUGCUGCCGCCGUUCAGCAGCUCACCGACAUUAAAAUGUCUGCGGGUACCGCUCCUGGCCCGGUCAGAGGUGGUCUUAUCGGGCACGAUUUCUUCGUCGAUUGCUUAUCAGCGCUCAAGUACCCCACGGUCGAGGAUCUCGAGGCACAUAUAAACGAGGUGCUUCGUAUUUCAGGGACCGGUCUUCGUGCUAAUUUCCAAAUCGAAACCGCUGACGGCCUGGUCCUUUGUCCAUCCGACCCCAACGAUUCCAAUUUUAUGAUCGAUGACGAGGGAAACAUAUGGGCCAUCGACUUCGGCCGCACGUGCUUCCUACCGUCCUCCUUCGUGUCCUACUCGUUGACGAGGUCGUCAGACGUCUUUGUGCAAAGCGUAGCACAUCGUGUCAACUAUCCGCUAUCUGACAACCUCGGAGCGAUGAGUGUAGCUUCGGGUCUGCUGGUCGUUUCUAACAACAACGCCUUGGGUGCUGCUGUUACGCAGUCUCCGUCUGGCUCUAUCAAGCCCAGCAAUAAGCAGAUUUCGUCGGAGGGAGUUCUACACAGAACUCAACAUCUUGAAUCCGUCAUCGGGGACGGUAAAGCGAGGAAGAUGUUGACAUCCUUGCCUGAGGAUGCACUGGUGUAUGUCCUCUCCUUUUUCAAACCGCCCGAUAUCCUGCCGUUGUGCUCGACAUGCAAACGUCUGUAUGAACUAGGAAACUUACGGAUCGUAUGGACGAAUGCAUACCAAUUCCACGUCAUAGCGCGUGGAUAUCCUUUCCCUUCCAUCAACAUUUCCUCUUACAACGUACGCGAUCUGCGCCGGAAGACCCUCUCUGCGUACUCGCUCGCACAUCGAUGGCUCGCUGGCCUGUCCUCGCCUCGAAGGAAAUCGUACAUAUCUGGAACAUCGGGCACCUCCGUGUCUCAUGUUCGCUUUCUUCCGGGACAUGGGGAUAGGUUCUUGAUGACAAUAGCGAAGAGCAUCUGGUCUGCGGUCGCGAUAUGGGAUCUUAGCUCGAAGGAAAGCAGAAAGGUUGGGGAGUGGAGUCCAAGAGGUGCGAUCUUCAAUGGGUUUGCGUUGAACGAGGACCCUGAUGGCGGGGCGGAGUUGGCCAUUUCAGUGCACUUGAAUGGAGAGGCCUCGGUCAGACUACUCAGCUUGGAUGAGAGCAUAGACGGACCUUGUACCUUCCGAGAGAUAUACACGGCGUCUACGAUGAUGAAACCCCUCAAGCUCGUUGGAGACUUGCUUGCAUUGAGUGACGAGACUUCGCAGACGGCGGUCUGGAAUUGGAAAAAUGGGACCUACGCCAUCUUGGAACACUCUAUAGAAGAUGUUCCAGUCGGACAAUCUGCGUACAACGAAUGCAUUCAAGUACUUUUUGCCCGUCGGAGCAUUUUGGUCGUUCGAGCGCGAUCCGUCCACCUGUUUCCUUAUCCACUUCUGAAGCCUUACGACCCCGACGAUCCACAUCCGACACCCUACAGUCCCAUCGCCCACCACUCCUUUGGGUGGGUAGAUGGCCUGUGCGUUAACGUGUGCCCCUACCUCGACAGAGGUACGACGAAAGUCUCCUCCUGGAGCCCGCUCUCCAUCCUCGUUCGAGGCGAGAGCGAUGACCCCUGGGCCUCCGAUGUCCUGAACCUCGAACUCUACACCAUCGAUCCCAACCCUGACUACCCCUCGGACGACGAUGAUCUCGACACCCGCAUUCCUCCAUACAUCUUCCCACCGCGACUCAUGAACCAGGUCCGCUCCCUGCGCGGCUCUCUACGGUGUACACAGGUUUUCCUUGGGCGAUUCGGAACUGCCGCGUGGAUCCAGCCCCAAGAGCGAUUCUUCGCCGGCUUGCUCGCGGAUGUUCCGCAGCAGAUGCAAGUCGACCGACGAGGAAGAGUACCCCACGAAAGCUUGAUGAUGGCCGUCUUUCCUGGGUCGCUUUCGACUGGAGAGGGGGAGGUCAUGGCGAGGAGGGUAUUCGUGAAUGAGGCAAAUAAUUGGACGUCGUUUGAUUAUGACGAAGUUCGGGGGCGCAUUGCGCUCGGAUCGAGUUUCGGGGUUAUCACACUGUUGGAACUCUGA